UUAGUGAGGUGGGAGAGGAGGACCAGUCAUCAGUGGGAGGAUGAGAUUAGGAGAGGAGACUGAGUGAAAGGGGGAGCACUAAGACCCAGUGGUGGAGGAGGAGGGCAGCAACGAGCUGCAGAAGUAGGCGAGGGAGGGUGGGAGCCAUCUGUACCUUGGUCGCCUUCCUAACAGCAUCAGCUCUAGCGGUAGAAAUGGCCAGUCAGUCUCAGGGUAUCCAGCAGCUCCUCCAAGCUGAGAAACGGGCAGCGGAGAAGGUGGCAGAUGCCCGAAAGAGGAAGGCCCGGCGACUGAAACAGGCAAAGGAGGAGGCGCAGAUGGAGGUAGAGCAGUAUCGCCGGGAGAGGGAGCAGGAAUUCCAGAGCAAGCAGCAAGCGGCCAUGGGCUCUCAGGGAAACCUGUCUGCUGAAGUGGAGCAGGCUACGAGGCGCCAGGUACAGGGCAUGCAGAGUUCUCAGCAGAGAAAUCGGGACCGGGUCCUGGCCCAGCUCCUUGGCAUGGUCUGUGACGUCAGGCCCCAGGUCCACCCCAACUACCGGACUGCCACCUAGAACCACUGCGUAGGACCCAGUCUGGAGUCUGACUCCUCGUGCCUGUUCCUUCCACAGAGACAUCUCCCAAAUCCAAAUCGCUUCCCUUGUCCAGCAUGCACAGAGCCAUGGGUUUACUGUCUGGUACCCUCCUUUCCAUAGUAAUCAUUUCCUAGGAGAGAGGAUUCUAGGAGACAUGACCCAAUAGUCUCCUAUGAGACUUAAAAAUACCUGGCUCAAACCUGAAUCUCUGUGUGCUGUAACACUGGAACUUUAAAUUAAGAAAUGCCCAAGCUGUCUUCAUCCAACCGUUCCGUGAAAUGUGCAUCAUGGUGACACGGGCUGUGGAAAGCACCCUGACUUCAGAGCUGGCAGAUUUGGGGUUCUUCUCCCAACCCUGGCCCUUGCUGGCUAUGCUGCUGGGACAAGGUACUUAACCCAGAAGCUUCAAUGUCCUUCUCUUUGCAACUGGGAUGAUAACAGUGCUUACCUCCUGAGUCACUAAAAAUCAUUCUGUAGGGGCUGAAGAGAUGGCUCAGCGGUUAAGAGCCCUGACUGCUCUUGCAAAGGACCCAGGCUCGAUUCCCAGCACCCACAUGGUGGCUAUGAACCGUCCUUAACUCCAGUUCCAGGGGAAUCCGAUGCCCUCAAGUAGUAGUUGCAGUUUAACAAAUGGCAUAUCCAUAUUACAAACACCCUCUGCUCUCCUGCCCAAUCCUUAAUACUUUGUUUCCUGACUUUGGUCAGUGGCUCUCUAAUUCAGCUCAUUCAUUGUGACUCUAGUCAUUCUCUGAAAAACUUGUUUUUCCUGUCUCUCUGCAGACACAUUAGGACCCCUGAAACGAUGAAAUUAUGUCAUUUAGCCCCUCUAUCAAAGUUCCAAGUACAUGCUGUGCCCCUUAGCUCCUCUUUCUCUCCUAAGCUAGCCUUUCUCUUUCCCCAAAGCCUGAGAUGUUUCCUACGACUUGAAGUGAUACUGUGUCCUCUGUGCGCAUGGCCUUGCAGAACGCACCCUCAGUACCUUGCUUUCCCUUUGUAACAGCAAACUCUCAAUAAAAUAACUAUGGCCGAAUCA